AUGAAUACAUACGACGAAUUUAUUCAACUCCAUAAAGCGCAGCUUGAAUUAUCAGGUAUUCCAACAAUUUAUUGGCCAACAUUAUAUAUAAAACUAAGUAAAGAAAUAUUUGAUGCUGGUCUCGUUUUUCAAAUUGCUAAAAUCGACUACACUGAUUCAGUAAAAACUCCUCAGGAUCCAGGUUUCAAGUUAUUCGUAGCAGCCGAGGAAGGUUUAGUAUGUGAUGAUCCCAAUAAUAUAUUUUUAAUAGAUCAUGCUUGGAUGUACGACGUCAACUUUGCACAUCAAUUAUCAGAAAUUCCGGUUUUAUUAGAUCGUCUGUGUAAUUUGAUGUCUUAUGACGGUCCAGAUGACAAAAGUACCAAAGUUGAGUUUGCUCUCAGAGAAAUGUGGAGGUACAACCAGUUUUAUUCAUCGAACAAAGGGACAAUUGAAGAACGCCUGCCGCUUUGGUAUAUAAUGGACGAAGUUGGAUCAGCGAUAAACCACAGUGAUGAUCCCAAUUUUCGUACUGUUCCUUUCUUGUAUCUAAAUCAAAAUACUACUUACUCGCUGCUGUUUCCUAUAAAAAACGCUGAAUUUAAUGACGAGGUCACCAGAGAUUUUGUUGAAAAUCAAACUAAUGAUCCAGAAAAAAGACGUGCCUUAUUGCUUCCCUGGAUUGAUCAAGACUUUACUGACAAAAGCUUCACUCCAGUCGAGCCAGACGCACAGUAUUUUUUAUCCGGUCGCAUUCCGGAGUCUUUACCUCAAGAAAACAGAUCAGCAAAUGGUCAAAAUGGUGACAUAAAACCGAUUAAAUUGAAAGUUUACACUCAGUAUGACGUUAUAAGUCAGUAUCUAACUGAUCCAGCUUUUGAGCUCGUGGACAAUGAACAUGAAGCUGAUGUACUUUGGUUGAUGGUUCAUUUCAAAGACUAUAAAACGCUGAGCCAAGAAUCCCCUCACACGUUCGUUAACCAAUUUCCGUAUGAACAUAUUUUGACUAAUAAAGAUUUAUUGUCGAUCGUUUGUAGAAGGAAAGCUGCUGAUAAGUUGUAUGACCCCGAGACACUAGACACUUAUCCGUCAUGGUUACCGACGACUUACAAUCUCAGUACGGAGCUCAUUGAAUUCGUGUCGUACUUCCAAAAUAGAGAAGCUAGGGACUUGGACAAUCAUUGGAUCUGUAAGCCGUGGAAUUUAGCUCGAGGAUUGGACACUCAUGUAACGAAUGAUUUAUUCCACAUCUUGCGUUUGCCCAGCACUGGUCCUAAGAUUGCCCAAAAAUACAUUUCAUCUCCUGUGUUAUACACUAGGUCUGGUGUAGGUAGUGUUAAAUUUGACGUUAGGUAUGUCAUUUUAUUAAAAUCGGUAAAACCUUUGAUGGUUUACGCCUACUCGAAUUUCUUUUUGCGAUUUGCUAAUAAAGAAUUCGCGUUGAACAAUCUUCACGACUACGAGCAACAUUUCACGGUGAUGAAUUACUCGGAUGAAGCUGAGCUUUAUCAUGUAAAGUGCGCUGACUUUGAGGUCGAGUGGAAUAAAAUGUACCCGGAAAAUGAAUGGAAAAACAGUGUCGAGAUUAAAAUAUUUAAGAUGAUUAAAGAAGCUUUUGAGGCCGCAUCCGACGCACCUAUGGGUAAAGGAAUCGUUGAUAAUCCUCAGAGCAGAGCUUUGUACGCGGUUGAUCUAAUGCUGGAGUGGAAAAAUAAUGAAAUGAAUCCUGUUUUACUGGAAGUUAACUUCUCACCUGACAACAAACGUGCGUGUGAAUAUUAUCCUGACUUUUAUAACAACAAUGAAUGUGAUAAUAUUUAA